AGCAAGGAACUGACCAAGAUGGUCGAAGAUAAUUUUUUAUUGUCUUUCUUCUCAUUUGUCACUGCGGCCGUAAUUAACAUGCAGAGGACUAACAGCUGAAAGGGAACAUGGCAGGAAAUUAGCGUGUUUCAUUUUCACUCGGAGUGAUAUUUUAAAACAUGAGUUAUACAGAACGGAAUAUUUGUGUACUGUAUACUUUAUAGUAAUUCUGGCAUUUUAGCUUUCGAGUUUUAAAACAUGGGUGUCUCUUCGACGAAGUUUCGCCAAGCCUUGCAACGUGGAGAAGAAGAAGAGGCUAUGAAUUUGUUCAUAAGACACCCAAAUCUAAAACGGGCCGUAAGAUUAAACCGUUCAUUUGGUCCCAAUUUCAGUCACAACACUGCUAUUCACUAUGUUUCAAUUCAUGCUAUGAAACAGUUGCUUCAAGACUUACUUUCCGAAGGCGCUAAUCCUUUAUUGAAGAAUUCGGCAGGGCAGACAGCGUUUCAUUUGGUUUGCGAUAGAAAAGACAAUGCCUUUCGAAGAUAUGAAAGUUUAAAGCUUUUGCUCACUUGGCUGAACGAAAGUGAAGAAAAUGAAACAGCUUCAAAGCUAACGAUUGAACAGGUUGUGGAUGAGGGAACGAACUCCCCCUUGCAUUAUGCUGCGAAUACAGGCUUGUUAGAUUGUGUGAAGGAGUUGGUUUCCAAUGGAGCACCGAUAUAUUUAGAGAACAAUGAAGGUCUAACAGCUUGUGAUAUUGCGGUCAAGAAAAACUUUCGAGAGAUUGCAGAGUUUCUUGAAACAAAAAUGGUGUUCAAUGAGGCAGCUGGUUUAGAAGAUGAAGAAAUCAUUCCUGUUGAUGACAAACUGCAAUGUGGUUUGGGUACAAAAGAACUUCAAGAAACAAAGGACAAGCUUCUUGUUCAAACUGCUGACAUGUUGCAGAUUUCACUUUUCAUGGCUGAAGGACUGCUUCGAUAUUUUGAUUGGUCUCGUGAAUCUCUUCUUGAAGCUUGGAUGGAUGAUCCAAUCACAGCUUGUGAAAAAGCCGGGGUCACUCCUUCUCAAGAAUCAGAAAAUGAUAAUUCCCUGCAGGAUAGUCAACCAAAUGCAAAGUGUGAAUGCACAAUCUGUUGUGAGUCAUUUGAUGUAGAAAUAUUCUCAGUUUUUGUUCCCUGUGGACACAAGUUCUGUACCCCAUGUUGGAAAAGUUACCUAAGCUUGAAAAUUAUUGACGGUGAUAUCUCGAACAUCAAAUGUCCGUCAUUUAAGUGCACCUGUCUUGUUCCAGUGGAUGUAAUCGAAAGCGUUGUUCCGAAAGACGUGGCCAAAAAAUAUGGAAGAUUUGAUAUCAAGGCUUUUGUUGAUGCAAACCCAAACCUGAAGUGGUGUCCAUUCCCUCAAUGUGAUAACGCAGUUCAGUUGCCCAACCAUCAAAGUCGAGAAUAUGUUGUGGGAGCUGGAGCUGUGUCUGAGACAGCACCUCUCGUUGUCGACUGUGGAAAUGAACAUUACUUCUGUUGGUAUUGCAUGGAACAAUCUCAUGAACCCAGCACAUGCGAAGGAUGGAAGAGGUGGUUGGAUGCAAUUAAAGAGAUUUUACCAAAACUACCAAAACAAGAUAUCAAGGAAUGCCCAGAGACCGAGAGAGUUGCAAACAGCUUAUGGCUGAUCACGAACUCAAAACCAUGUCCGAAAUGCAGUUCCCCAAUACAGAAGAACGAAGGAUGCAAUCAUAUCAAAUGCACAAAGUGUAAACACGAGUUCUGUUGGGUUUGUCUGGAGCCAUGGAAGAAACACAACUCGUCAACCGGUGGCUAUUUCAGGUGCAAUCGUUAUGAGAUAGUCCGCGACGUUCAGGAAAAGGUUUUAGAGAAAGCACAAACCAUCAGCAAUGAACAUAGGAGAGUUGAGGAACUAAACCACUUUCUUCAUUAUUAUUCUCGCUUCAAGAACCACGAGAAUAGUUACAAGCUCGAAGAACCACUACUGAAGUCCGCCAAGGAUAAGAUGGUCGCAUUAGCAAUCGCUGCUGAAUCAGCUCAGUCAUCUGCCUCGUCCUCACCAUCAACCUCUCAACCCGACACACGUUUUGUUGAAGAUGCAAUAAGAAAAUUAUUGAAAGCCAGGAGAGUUUUACGAGCUUCUUAUGGCUAUGGAUUCUUCUUGGGAAGAAAUCAACAGAAGAAAAUAAUCUUUGAACUAAUGCAGACCGAGCUCGAAGAAGCAACGGAGAACCUUUCUCAAAUGGUAGCACGUCCGUACCUGCGCACACCCAGAUCACGGAUCAUCAGUGCAGCUCAGUUGACGCACAGAAAGAGGGCCGAUUUUCUCCUUGCGUUAUCCAGAGGUCUUAUACCACCUGAUGACUCGCCACGGGCGAAGAGAGCUCGAUACAAUUACCUCAAAAGAUAUAAUGCAGUUUUACAAGAAGAUUCUGAUGAAGAGUUUUUGUUUGAGGAGGAACCAAGCAUUCAGUUACAAAGAUUGAUUGAGACGACUCUGAAGUUAAACCAGGACAGAGACCAUGAGCCUGAUGAUUCGACAGAACCCAGGAAAAGUGAUAUAACACAAGAAACACUGGAAUACUUGCAUCCAGGCAACAGUGAAGAUAAUGCAGACAUUGGGCAAAGAAGACUAGGUACCAGCCGUAUGUUGUUGGCUCAAGAGUCAGCUGAUCUACAAAAGGCAAUUGAAUUGUCGUAUUCUGACAUGAAAUCAGCGAAUGACAGUAGAGGUUCAGAGACAUCUAGUGAUAUGGAUGCAGACUUUCGAUACGCAAUGGAACUUUAUGCACAGGAAUCAGAAUUAAACACAGACCACAACACAAUGUUGUAGAAACUAUUUAUAUGGAAAUUUUAGGGAAAUGUAUUCAAAAGGUAAAUUUAAAAGAUUAUAGUUAUUUUUGUGUACAUAUGAUAUGUAGAUAGGGUGAUAUACAAAAUU